AUGAGCAGCGUGAUAAUUCCAGUUCUAGAGGAGGAAACUUUUUCAAAAGUCAAGGUGAUUGGCAACAACAAUGCCCAUAGCAAAUACAAGAAGAAUGAUUGGGCACACUUGGCACAGGAAGAAGAUGGAUUUGAUUCAGACCAAGUUUUGCUUAUGGUAACCACGAGCAGUAAAGAAGACUAUUCAUCUUGGUAUCUCGACAUUAGAUGCUCGAACCACAUGACAGGCAAUAGAGACUGGCUAGUUGAUUUCAAUCCAAAUGUUACCACUAGUAUGAGGUUUGCAGAUAAUAGCACUAUUCUUGCAGAAGGUAUUAGGAAGGUGAUGAUCACAUGA